AGUCGUCGACGCGCUCGCGCAGUGUGCGUGCCUCUUUAGUGCGCGUGCUCCCGGUCCCGCAUUGCGGAUAAUGCGACUGACCGUCCGCAGACCCGCUUCUGUCUCGUACUAGGUUAAUACGCAGCGACGAGCGAUCCGUACGAAGCGAAUGGCGAGUGACGAGACGCGAUCAACAACGCUGACAACAUGACCUCGGUGCUGUCCAAACUGAUCGACCGCACCUCCAGCAAGUACCACAUCCGCCAGGAACAGCUGACCAGGGGUGUCGUAGGCGCCGUCACCGCGCUCUACCUGCUCAAAGUCGGCUACCCUUACCUCGCCGCCUCCGCCAAGGUCUGCCUCGCUCAGGUUAAAGGGCUCGACAAUGCCGCCAACGCUGCCGUCAGCAAGGUGCAGAACAACAACAACAACAACAACAAUGUUAAGAAAAAGAAGAGGGCUCAGGAGAAGCGGGACGAGGCCAAGGACAAGAAACUCGCUGCUUUAGGACUCGACAACCAAUUCAUCAAGCAGUUGCUCAUGCUGCUGAAAAUCAUGAUUCCCGGAUGGAGGACCAAGGAAGCUGGGCUACUGACGUGCGCGACUGUCACGCUGCUCGCCAGGACAUUUUUGUCCGUGUACGUCGCGACGCUCGAGGGCCAGAUCGUCAAGAGGAUAGUGCUCAGAGACGUUUGGGGCUUCUUUUGGAUGUUGACUAGGUGGCUGGCUGUGGCUUUUCCUGCCACGUUUGUCAACUCAGCCAUCAGAUAUCUAGAAGGUCGCUUGGCCCUGAGCUUCAGGGAACGUCUGGUGAGUUAUGCCUACAAUAUGUACUUCAACCAACAGACGUACUACAGGGUCGCCGCAUUAGACACUCGCCUUGGUGGAGCAGAACAAAGACUGACUGAUGACCUAUCAGAGCUGGCCAGCUCUGUGGCACACCUCUACUCAAGCCUGACUAAGCCACUGCUGGACUGUGCACUAGUUGGCAUUGCUCUUAUAUCCUUUUCUCAUCGCAUGGGAGCUAAAACUAUUCCUGGUCCUCUCCUAUCAGUUGUUGUGAUUGCACUCACUGGUCAGAUUCUACGAUUAGCCUCUCCUCGUUUUGGCCAAUUAGUUGCUGAGGAAGCUUCACGAAAGGGUAGAUUAAGAGAGGCUCAUGCCAGAAUAAGUGCUCAUGCUGAAGAGAUUGCAUUCUAUGGUGGCCAUAAAGCAGAGCACAGAUAUCUGACAAGAGCUUACAAGCAGCUGACAAUGCAUUUAAGAAAGAUUUUAGCUCUUAAAUUGGGAUAUGUCAUGUUGGAACAGUUUUUAAUGAAGUAUGUCUGGUCUGGUACUGGACUUGUGGUAAUUGCCUUGCCUUUAUUGGCCUCCACAAACGGCAUUUUACAGUCUAAGAGUAACGAUGGAGAUGGUGGCGUGAGCGAGAGAACAAGAUAUUUAACAACAUCGAAACAUCUUCUGACUUCUGGCGCAGAUGCCGUGGAAAGAUUGAUGUCUUCUUACAAAGAAAUCGUUGCGCUCGCUGGUUACGUUGCCCGAGUCAGUGAAAUGUUAGAUGUAUUUAAAGAUGCUCAAGUUUGCAAGUACCACAGAAAUGUUGUAACAACUUGCCAAACCAGAACGCCUAAUGGCACAACCGUGGGAAGUCAAAAUCUUGAAUUCAAGGAUGGAUUACCGAUAAUUAAAGGAACUGUCCGAGAUAGUGAAGACGGAAGUAUAAGUUUAAUAGACGUGCCAAUUGUCACCCCUAAUUGUGAAGUUAUAGUAUCUAGUUUAACACUCAAGAUCCGACCGGGAGACCAUACAAUCAUCACCGGGCCCAACGGUUGUGGCAAGAGUUCUCUUUUCCGCAUCGUGUCGGGCUUAUGGCCAGCUUACGGCGGCAUUCUUGUUCGACCGGGCGAGUCGUACUCAUUAAAAACCGGCCGGCCGGCUCUGUUCUACAUCCCGCAAAAGCCGUACAUGACUGUGGGUUGUCUGCGCGAUCAGAUAACUUACCCGGCCGAGGUAUCUAAAGACGAGAGUAUCGACGAGGAGUUGCUCGAGUUGCUCGAGUUGGUAGAUCUAAGAGGACUCGUGGAGAGAGAACCCGACGGCCUUGACGCUGUUGGUGACUGGGACUCCACUCUAUCUGGUGGCGAGAAACAACGUUUAGCCAUGACCAGACUUUUUUAUCAUGCGCCGCAAUAUGCACUACUCGACGAGUGUUCCAGCGCAGUCAGUCUUGAGGCAGAGGGUGCGAUGUACGAGACAGCCAAGAAGAAGGGAAUCACUUUGCUGACAAUAACCCAUCGCGUAGCCUCGUUGUCCAAGUAUCAUAAAUUUAUUUUGAGGUUUGACGGCGAAGGCGGCUGGAAUUUCGGACCACUUGACGUCGAGAAAGUGGCAGUCAUCGCAUAUAAUGAAAAAACGGCAGAGGAAACAGCAGAUAGACAUUGCGACGAUACGUGUCUCGGCGAAAGUUCCGUUAUCAAGUGGAUUACAUUCGACGAUUGUGACAAUCAGCCGAAGGAGGAAGUUAAAAUGAAGGAAAAAGGCGUCAACCACUUUCAGCGUCUGCAGGAAAUUCGCAGGAUGAACCGAGAAGGAACGCAAAUGGAUAUCAUGACUUAUUCACAAUAUAAUAGAGCGAAUAAUGCGUAAAUUGGUGAGAAUUCUCGUUCGAUGCAUGCGGAUGUAUGUACACAUUAUAUCUACGUAGGUUUCUAUUAAUUGUACAAAAUACGAAAUUAAUUGCUGUAUUUUUUAUAAGAAGUAAUGUCAAUUACAUUAAACUUUUAAAGUUUAUUGUGAAACGUCAUGAUGACGCUCUAAUUGUGAUAGUAAAGCAUCAUCGACGACUUUGAAAAGAAAGAAAGAUAGAAAUUUGAAACCAAAAAUUUGUUGUUACACGUAGAUCGACAAGAGGCAUUGAAAUUCUCCUUUAUCAUAUUAAUAUGUUAAUGAAAAUUCUUCACGCUAAAAAGUGAUUUUCCAAAGUUAAACUAUAACUGAAAAAAUCUUUAAUAAGCACUUUAGACGAUUUUUCACGAAAUGAAAAAGUUCCUUUCUGAGCUAACCCUUUCACUUAUAUCAAUAAUUAAGCUAAUCAAAAUACGUAAGGCGUAGUAAUGCGGAUUAAUAUUUACUGUAAUUAAAGUGGAGUUUAGAUAUUUUUAUUAGAAUGAAGAGAGCAUGAAAAUAAUUGAGGAAAAGUAAGUAUGUUAUAAUAAAACACAAUGAAAAGAUGAAAUAAUAAAGAAGAUGAAAAAUUUUGUGAUAGCGAAUAAACGUAAUGCCAAACUUAAAUUAAAAGUUCGUAUCGAUAUUUUUAUUAAUUUUGAUAUAAAUUGCACACAUCACGAAUCAUCGUUGAAUAAAUGCUUUCUCAGAGAAUAACUAACUUUAACACUUCUUACACAUACCAGAACAAAACUAACUAAUAAGUAAACAUCCGAGAUCCUUGUAUGUUGCAGGGAGGAACCUCUUAUUUAUUCGUUCGUGUAGUUAAAAUAUUCGAGAAAGAAUAACGAUAGAUUAUGUUUAGAAAAGUUUUUCAUUGACGUAGUUGAUCAAUCAAGAAAUCGUGAUUAUAUUAAACUAAGAAUGUAUCAAGCGUCGAUAUUUUUGGUUAUUCGUAAAAUGAAAUUGGGAUAUUUUUUCGACUCAAUUUGAAUAAUUUUGAUUUUUUCGCAGUCGUUUCAUAUAAAUAUAUUUUGUCAAUUUUUAAUAUUAAUUUAUAAUGUUACGUACGUUAUUAGUAUUAGAUUGUUCAAAUGAAAUGAAAUGAUAAUUCUUUCGGAUACUCAUUUAGUUGGAAUAAAAUUAAUUAAAA